UGAGCCUUGUUGGCGCGAAACGAGUCCUGUGUAGACAGCGGUGCAGCUGUGGUUUCAGCGCACAGAGGUUUAGCUGCUGCAGUAACUUCCAAUGGAAAGAAUCAUGGAAAAGCUCGACACCGACAGCGGGUCACCUGCAUCAGAGAUGGAAGCGCCUUUUGAUGAAACUAUAAUAACCCCUUCCAUGAUAAAAGAAGAAGAAAAACUGGAAAAGGCAGCUGAGGAAGAGGAGAGGAAGAUGAUGGAAAAGGCGCGCAUGUCUUGGGAAAGGGAUUCCAACGAGUUGCGAUAUAGGAGACUUCAGCACUUGCUUGAAAAAAGCAACAUUUAUUCCAAGUUCCUGUUGACUAAAAUGGAGCAGCAGCAGCUCGAGGAGAUGAAGAGGAAAGAAAAACUUGAAAAAAAGAAACAGAUGGAUUUGGCCAAGCCACAGAAACAAAAUGAUACGGCAGCAAAUGUAGAUCAACCAGGACCUAAAAAGAAAAGACAAAGAGAUGAAAACUACAGUAUUUCAGACGUGAUGUCUAAAGAGGAAAUUUUAUCUGUAUCAAAAAAGAGCAAACUGGAGAAGCAGGUUGAAACCUCUUCUUGUAAACUCACUACAGAAGAAAUUGAGAAAAAUGGAGAUUCUAAUAGUGUUAUAAAAGACAGGUUAUCCCAAACGGUGAGACAUAAUGCCAAGCACAUGCUUCACCCAACGAGGAAGGUAGAUGGGAAGCCUAUUCCUUACCAGCAGCCCAAGUACUUUACAGGUGGUGUAAUGCGAUGGUACCAGGUGGAAGGCAUGGAGUGGCUCAGGAUGCUCUGGGAGAACGGGAUCAAUGGCAUCUUGGCUGAUGAGAUGGGUUUAGGCAAGACUGUACAAUGUAUUGCAACCAUAUCCAUGAUGGUUGAGAGAGGGGUUCCAGGACCAUUUUUUGUCUGUGGGCCACUGUCUACUCUUCCCAAUUGGAUGUCUGAAUUCAAAAGGUUUUCACCUGAGAUUCCUGUUCUUCUCUACCAUGGAAACCCUCAAGAACGUCGCAAGCUGGCUCGAAAAAUCCAAAAGCGGGAUGGCUCUUUGCAGAUUUUCCCAGUAGUGAUAUCGUCUUUUGAAAUUGCCAUGAGAGAUCGUCCCGCUUUACAGCACAUAUCUUGGAAGUACAUGAUUUUGGAUGAGGGACAUAGGAUUAAAAAUAUGAACUGCCGCCUUAUCCGGGAACUAAAGCAGCUCCACUCUGACAACAAACUCCUUUUGACGGGGACACCUCUCCAAAAUAACUUAGCUGAGUUGUGGUCCCUUCUUAAUUUUCUACUGCCGGAUGUAUUUGAUGAUCUUAGGAGCUUUGAAACAUGGUUUGAUAUAGCUGGUAUAUCUCAAAAUGCUGAAGAUAUUGUAGCCAAGGAACGAGAGCAGAAUAUUCUGCAUAUGCUGCACCAGAUUUUGACGCCUUUCCUACUGAGAAGAUUAAAGUCUGAUGUUACACUGGAGGUUCCUCCAAAGCGUGAAGUUGUAGUAUAUGCUCCUCUGACACAGAAACAAGAAACCUUCUAUACGGCCAUUGUUAACCGGACAAUCGAAAAAAUGCUUGGCCAGAGCAAGUCAACUGGGGAAGUUAUACAGUCACCUGCUGUUGGAAGAGCUAAGAGGCGAAGUCGCAAAGUGGUUAAUUAUAACGAACUAGACAAGGACACUCCUAACGAUCUUGAGAAACUGAUCAAUAAACUCCUUAAGCAAGAAGUUGAAGAAAGGCCGCAAGUUGAAGUCGCCCUGCCAGCAGAUGCAGAAGUAAACCUGAAAAUGAGAAAUGUUAUGAUGCUAUUGAGAAAAUGCUGUAAUCAUCCAUAUUUGAUAGAGUACCCUCUGGAUCCCGUUACCCAGGAGUUUAAGGUAGAUCAAGAGUUGGUGAACAGUUCUGGAAAAUUUCUUCUCUUGGAUCGUUUGUUACCGGAGAUGAAAAAAAGAGGGCACAAGGUCUUAAUAUUUUCACAAAUGACCAUGAUGUUGGAUAUAUUAAUGGAUUAUUGCUAUUACAAAAAGUUCCGCUUCUGCCGACUAGAUGGAUCAAUGGCGUAUGCUGAAAGAGAGGAGAACAUGAGGAAUUUUAACACUGAUCCAGAUGUCUUCAUCUUUUUAGUCAGCACACGAGCUGGAGGACUAGGAAUUAAUUUGACGGCAGCUGAUACUGUUAUCAUUUAUGACAGUGACUGGAAUCCUCAAGCUGAUCUGCAGGCCCAAGACAGAUGUCACCGAAUCGGGCAAACAAAGCCAGUUGUGGUGUAUCGCCUUGUAACAGCCAAUACUAUCGACCAAAAAAUAGUCGAGAGAGCUGCGGCUAAACGGAAACUUGAGAAACUAGUGAUUCAUAAGAACAAAUUCAAAGGUGGUCAAACAGGAAUUAACCAGUCAAAGAGCUGCCUGGAUCCCAAAGAACUGUUGGAGUUACUGCAGUCUCGUGAUUAUGAAAGGGAAGUGAAAGGGUCAACUGGAAAAGUGAUAAGUGACAAAGACCUUGAGCUGCUACUAGACAGGAGUGACCUCAUUGCACAAAUGGAAAGCAAUAUAAAGACUGAAAAAGCAAAACAUGGAGUCUUUCAAGUUGUUGAUGAUACAGAAGACAAAGAAUAACCGCUAUGGAAGAAGCAUUCUCCUCCCCUCCACACUUUGGCUUUGGAAAUGCCGUUCUGUUAAAACAAGUAGCUUUAUUUUCAAAAUGUUUUGGAGUACUAGAUGGUAGCUUGAGAUAUUCUCAUGCUUUUAUUUUGCUGCACUUUUGUUACUUGAAUGCAAGUCUACUGUCAAGAAAAAACUCUUCCUGUGGAAGUCUGACAUUUUUGUAUGUUUUGUAAGUUUUUAAUAAUAGCUAUAUUGAAAAUUGUUUAAAUAAAAGUUAAUUGCAUAUUCAAA